AUGUCUCAAUUACGGGUGGAUGUCCCGUCUGCAGGCGACGAGUUAGCGCCCGGGAGUCUAUCUAUCGGCGAUUCUCCAGAAAGCACGAAUACAUCCGGGGGUGUUCACGAGCGACGCAAGAGUGAUAAUGGCAACGAGUCUGACGAUGAAGAAUUUGUGUAUCCAGCUUCCGGCUCCAAUGCCACUGAAGAGCACACGAGUAUUCCUUCAGCCCGUCAAAUGGAGCCAUCCCCCGCCCAAAUGGAGUCUCUCUACGCUGCUGCGUCCUCCGGAGAUCUUCCCCUCUUAAAGAGACUGUUUAAGAACGUUGUAGAUAACGGGGAGGUCGAGCGAUUUAGUUUGGCAAACCAUGCUUCAUCUCGGACGGGUUUUACUGCAUUGCAUGCUGCCGCGAGUCGGGGGUACUACGACAUCGCUGUUUGGUUGAUCGAAGAAUGCGGCGCCAUGCCCGAUUUAGAAGACAGGGAAGGCGAAACCGCCCUUCAUAAAGCGGCAUUGAAUGGUCACAUAUCCAUUAUCCAGUAUCUUCUACCAGGGAAGGCUGAUGUUCAUGCUCGUGAUGGGGAUGGAUGGACCGCGCUUCACAAUGCUUGCUCCAAGGGAUACCUUGACAUCGUUCGAUGGCUCUUUGAAAAAGGCGGCGCCACAUCCGCUGUUGACGAUAUCCCAGGAGUGGAUAUUCGGAGUAAAGAUGGCUGGACUCCUCUAAUGAAUGCUGCCUCCAAGGGCCAUUUACCGGUCGUUUUGUACCUGCUGACGAAACAGCAUGCACAUCCUCUAAUACGUAAUAAGUGGGGCGAAGCCGCUUUUGAUGCUGCUGCCGCCGUAUUCGAAGUUUGGAUAUGCGAAAUUUUGCAACAGGCUGAGGCUGAGCGGUGGCGGGGUACUGCAACACCGUACAAUCCACUUCUCGUUCAUACGACGUUGCCCGUCAUUCUAUAUGAGAACCAACGUCUUGACACUCGCCUUAAGACCGUUGCAGUUUCUGGUGGUCGUCCUAAAUUUUCCGCUGUUGGGUUAGGACGACCAGGGCGUCGUGCGCCUUUCGAGCUGAAGCUACCCAAGCGAGAUGAAGAGACUGGCUUGAAACUGCUACCUGCCUGGAGGAGUGGUGUUCAGCUUCCUCUGCGCGAAUCACCCUGGGAAUUUCCUAGACCAGCUACAGUUGAGCAGCCUGCGCCAGAAGGGGUGGAGAGGAGUCAUUUCUGGCUCUCUGAUUGGACCCUUGACGUUACUCAUCCUGCGGUGGACGCAGAUGAAGGCUGGCAGUAUGCCCAAUCAUUUGACGAGCCUGAUGACAAAUGGACAUCCGGAAUCUCACCACAGUUGGAACGUAUCAUGACAAGCAGUGCGAUUGUGGCUGCGGGCUUUGUAGGUCCUUCCAACAGGAGCAAUUCUCUGUUAUCAUCCAGCAAUGCCAGUCGCGCCCACCCUGUUUGGGUACGUCGUCGACGCUGGGUCCGUAUCAUGCGCCGCCGGCUGGAUAUCCCUCCAUUACCAUUCCUUGAACCCGAUGGUUCUAUGUACCAUCUCGAUUUUGACGGAUCCUUGAUUCCCUACAUUGAGCCGGAUCAUCCCAGCACUCCAGAUGGCAACGAAGGCCAGGAACUAGGAGCGAUGUCUUCGUCUUUCUUCUCGUCUGCCCAGGAUUAUGUUGCGAGAGCGAGGUACCUAGUUGGCAAUCACAGUCAGGAUUCAGAGCGAGGCUCAUCUACACCUUCGGCAUUGGAGAUCCGUAGAGCCAUCGCAAAAUUAGAACGGGCUACAGCGGAGCUCAGACAAGGAAUCUUAGUUGACGAUGACGCUGAACGCAGGACGCAAGCUGAAGUUCUUCUAAAUGCAUACAGCCGUGAUUUGGAGCGCCGUAGAUUAUCAGCUAGCGCGCAAGGGAUAUUGUUAUCGGAUCAAGACGACGACGACGACGGCAGCUCAGAAGAAGAGUUCCGUUACCCAGGGUCAUCCGUAUACGAGACUCCUAGACCUGCCUCUAGGUCUUCAGCAUCGACCGACUACUUCAAUCGACCGGGAUCGUCGAGAAUCCCCACCGAUCUCACUCCUCAGCUCACACAAGCACCCGACUUCCGUGUUCCCACCCACGAAGCACCGCAGAAAGUUUUGACCCCUCGAUGGACCUCUCCCACACCCCAUCCUCUUCAUCCUCAGUGGGAGAGAGAUGAAGCCUCGAGCUCGCAACUGAGUGACCUCGCAGACUGCCCGGUUUGCAACCUCAACCUUGAUGAGGUCGGAGACGCGCCCGCGCAAGAAGCUCAUGUGAGAAGCUGUCUUGAAGGGGGUUCUGGUGCUCCGCAAGCAGCUAAAUAUCUGGUGUAUCGCCUUCCAGCUGAAAGUGCCCUCCUUGGCGUGGAAUGUGUCAUUUGUUUGGAAGAGUUCGUCAAAGGUACUGCAGCAUGGCUAAUUCCCAUGCAAGAUGAUGCUCAUCGUUUUUGA